GAGAAGACAGCGCUGGCUGUGUAAAAAUAAUCCCGCCAAUCGGCGACUCCCGAGGAAAGUCCGGGGAUCGGGGGGGCCCGUCUAGGCCUCGAUGGGCGUCGUCGCCUGGGAAGCAGCUGCGUCCGAGCGCACUGCCAUCUUACCAGAAGGAGGACUUAUUUUGGAAAUAAUCUAGAGCAGAGUUCGGAAACGGAGAAUUCUCUAAUAUUUCCAGGCACAACAACCCUCACGGGGAUCACCUGUUCCAAAGUCCAUCAGAUCACUCCCAACAGCACGAUGGCAGUGCACAGGACGAAGGCCGAUGCCUUAGUCAAAUGGAUUAACAGCCUUAAAUUGUCAGAAGAAAUAGGAGGUCUGGCAGCUCUCCAGGACUGUGCUGUGUUCGUCAGUAUAGUGUGCAAGAUAAGUGGAAAAGAAAAUGCUUCCCAGGUACUCGAGACAAAGUCCAUGGAAGAGCGAUUCCAGUUCAUCUGUGACUUCUUAGAAUGUGCAGAGGCUCAGGAGAAUCAGCCAGAUCGGUGCAGGUACAGUCCUGUUGCCGGAAACCUGGUCUCCCUGCAGAAGAUCUUGCGCGGUGAGGAAGUUGAACUUGAGAUGGCAAAGAUGGCUGUGCUUCUCCUCCACCUUCAUACCAUGGCCAGACAUAACCCACGUGAGUUUGAUGAUCUUGAUACAGAAACCCAGGGAGAGCUAGUGGGCAUGCUCCGUUACAUGAUGGACAACGAAGAUGCCAUUCAUCUGGACAAUAACUUAGCCACGUUCUUGCAGAGUCGAGCUUCCUCGCCAUUGGCCCAUCUGCACAGCCCGGGCUCAGAUGAAGUAAUCUCACCAAUGUUCUGUGGGAAAGCUGGAGGGCAAAAAACCCAGUUUCUGUCAUCCAAAGUUUACAGUUGUGGACCUUCGUCCCCAACGUCACCAAUGCGGGACUUCAUGCAAACCCCGCAGGUGCAGGCGCGCCGUAUGAAGAAGCAGCUGGCGGAUGCGCGGAUGCUCCGCAAUGAUCUGGAGAUUGAGCUGACCGAGGCUCGCAAGCUGAUCACCGAGAAAGAAACGGAAGUCUCCAUCUUGCAGCAGAAGAUUGAUCGUCUGGUGAAAUUAACGGAGAGGCAGGCCACUGAGGAGCAGCCUGAUGAACUUGGCAAUCUGAGGGAAAAGUAUGAAAGUUUAUUGAACAGGCUGCGUGAUACCCAGAAGCAGAGUCAGGAUAUGAAGACCGAGAAAAGUCAGAUGGAGCGAAAGAUUGAUAAACUCGAGGAGGAAAAUGGAAACCUCUCAUACAAGGUUCGUGACUUGGGAAAUCGGCUGACACAAUCGCAGAAGGCCCUGAAUGAGCUGGCAGAUGAGCACGAGUCAGCCAUGCCAAUUUGGGAGGGAAAACAGAAGCAACUGGAGAGUGAUCUGUUCGUGGCCCUGUCGGAUAAAAAACUGAUGGAAGAAAGGAUACAGAUAUUGGAAGGAAAAAUAUCGUUGAUGGAAGAUAAGCUGGCAGCAGCUGGGGAGAGUUCAAGUGAAGUGAAAGGAGAGGUGAUUGGUGAUGUCCUUCAGUUGGAAGCUUUGAAGUUGGAGGUCUCACAGCUGACAGCGAAAGCAGCCGAACUGGAACAGGAGACCACGCUUCACAAGGAGGAGAAGAGCCACCUCGCCGAGACGGUCAGUAGCCUCAAGCAGUCCAUGGCGGAGUUGAUGGAGCAGAAGAAAGUGCUUGAGCAGGAGGCACGGGUUCAGGAGGAGCAGCUCUUGGGGCAGCUGGACACCCUGAAUGUGGAGGUUAUCAAAACAAACAACUCCCUGAUGCAGAAGGAGCUAGAGUUGGAGGAGGAGAAGAGGCUGCGGCACCAGCUGGCAGAGGACUCCCAGAACAAGGAGCAGGCAGUCCUCGAUCUCCGCUCCAAGCUGGAGAGCCUCGGUGAGACCCUUCAAGUUAAAGAAGAAACACUACAGGCCUUUGAGCAGCGGCUGGAGGCUGAGCGGGAGAGCACACUGCAGCAAAUGACGGCCCUUAAGCAAGAGUCUGAGAGGAUUUGCAGCGAGAAGGUUUCUGUUGUCACACAGUAUGAAGCUUUGAAGGUGGAGAAGGAGAGUGAAAUGGAGAGGCUCAAUAGACAGAUACAGUUGCUGGAAAGUAACCACGUGGGCAUCGAAAGCCUGGAGCGGGAGAGGAACGAGUUAAUGGAGAAGGUGCAGAUGUUGGACACGCAGGUCGCGGAGAUGACAUCUGAAAACCAGAAUCUCCAGACUGCCUGCAGUGCUCACAAGCAGAGCCAUUCCGAGGAGGUUGCAGCCCUGAAAGCGGAGUUGCAGGAGACCAGAGAGGAAUUGGAGGGUCACAAGAUCAAGCUGGUGGGCCUUGCUGAUGCAGCUCAAAAUAACGAGGCCCUCCGGGAGCAGCUUGCCUCCCUGCAGAGUGCAGUUGAAGGGCUGGAGGGAGAGAAGAGGCAGUGGGAAGAGGCGCGUGUCUCUGAAGCCGAGCAGCGUUGCCAGCUGACUCAGGAGCUGAAGGGGCUGAGAGAAGAACGAGAUGGAGCCAAGGCCCAGUUAUCUGAGCAACUGAAGCUUCAAGAGUUGGCUCAGGCCACGGCCAAGCAGUCGAUGGACGAGCAGCUCGAGAGGUCAGCAGAGCUGCAGAGUGAACUUUCCAAUGCUCUGAAGAUGGUUGAGGAGAGAGAAAAAGAGGAAGAGAAGUUCCGUAAAGAGGCCGCCUCCUGGAAGGAGAAGUUUGAGGCGGCCCGGCAGCAGGAGGCCGAGUUGGACAGGGCAGUUGCGGACCUGAAGGAGGCGAGGGAAAAGGCUGAGGCUGAGCUCUCAGAAGAGAGGGAAAAGAUUGGCCAGCUCGAGGGCCGCCUGGCUAAGCUAGAAGCCGGCCAAGAGGGGAAGGUCUCAGUGCCCGAGAGCGAAUUCUCGCAGCUGAGAGCUGCCGCGGCACUGGAGGCUGAGGCGAGGGCUGAAGCGGCCAGCUGGCGGCAGAAGCUGGAAGCUGCCAAGAAUGAGGCAUCCGAGCGCCUGUCACAGGCGGAGGAGAAGACCAGGAAGAGCAGUGCCGAGCUGGAGCAGGCGUGCCGAGAGCUGACAGAGGCGCGAGCUGGGCUGGAGGAGUACAAGGGGCGACUCUCUGAGCUGGAAGCUAAGCUGGAUGGAGCACAGAGGGCGGCGAGCGAAGAAGAGGCAUUCCGGGGUCAGCUGGGGGUGCUGCGCGCUGAGCUGCAGGACCUGAGGAAGGCAGAGAGGGAACGGCAGGAGGAGAGCGCUGCAACUGUAUCUCAGCUGGAGGCCGAGAGGGCGAGGAGGGCCGAGCUCCAGCAGACUGUCGACAGGCAGCAAGAGCAGCUGGAGGCCGCGAAGGCGAAGGCGGCCACCCAGGAGAGCGAGCUGGCCCGGUACGCCCAGGCCUUCAGUGAGAGGGAAGGAGAGUUGGCAGAGCUCAGCUCCAAGAUAGCAGCCAGUGAGGAGGCAGGGCGCCGGGCUGGACGGAGGGCCGAGGCAGCUGAGCAAGAGCUGCGCUCCUCCCUCAGCCUGCGCCAAGAGAGGGAAGCUGAUUUAGAGGCUUUGCGGUCGCGCAUGGCCCAACUGGAGGGUGAGUGCAAUGGGAAGCAGAGUGAGCUGGCCCGUUUGGAAGCAGAACUCCAGGCCCAAAUCCAGGGUCUGCUGCAGGAGAAAGAGGCGACGGAACAGGCCCGGAGCCAUGAGCUGGGCCUGCAGCGGGAGGAGUUGGAGCAGGAGAGGAAAAAAGUACACACUCUCGAGCUGGAGGUGUCAGCCUGGCAGGACAAGCUCACGGGUGAGCAGAAGGAGAGCGCCAGGCUGAAGGAGGAGAUGAAUCUAGCGAAGGAGACAGAAGGGAGGUUGCAAAAAGAACUGGAGGCCCUACAAGAGGAGCAGGCACGACAGAGGGACUCGGCUGCCAGGCUGCAGGAUGAGGAGGUUGCCACCCAGAAGCAGACCAUCCAGGCCCUGCAGGAGCAGUUAGCUUCAGGGAAUCGUCUGGUGGUGGAGCUCGAGCAACGGGCUCGGGCGGAGCAAGAGAACAUGUCCCAGAAGGAGGCUGAGCUGGCCCACCUCCGUGGAGAAGUGGCCAAGGCCCAGUGCCAGCUGAGCGAGGCCGAGUCCCAGCGACGAGCCGAGGUCGAGCGGCUGGAGAGGCAGCUGGGCGAGCUGAGGGCCGACGCGGGACAGCUGAAGGCCGCGCAGGAGCGAUGCCAGCAGCAGCAGCAGGAAAUCCAGCAGCUCCAGCAGACGAGCAGCCAGCUGGCCGCAACGAGAGGGAAGCUGGAGACUGAGUUGGCCGAGGCCCGCGAGACUCACGCCAAGCAGCUGAGCCUGCUCACCGCCCAGCACGUGGACGAUCAGGCUGCCAGUCGGCAGAGAGAAGAUGAAAGCCGGAGGAGAAUAGAAGAGGUGACCAGCAAGUACGAGAAGGCAAAGGCCAAGGUUCUAGAAGACAAGCGCAAGUUUCAGGAAGAACGAGAACAGCUAAUUGCGCAGGUCUCAGAUCUGAAUGAGAAGCUGAGUCAGCAUGACAUGGCAUCUAAAACCAAACUACAGAAACUUGUGGCUCGGGAUAACGAGACGCAGGAGAAGUUGGAGCAGCAGGUGAUGGAGCUGAAGACCCAGCUGAAGGAGAAGGAGGAGAUAGUGCAGCACGUUAAGGCCCAGCUGGAGAAGGCAAAGACUCACUACGACAGUAAGAAGAUGCUGAACCUUGAGCUGGCCGAGAAGCUGGAAGCCCGAGAGAAGAGCAUCUCCACCCUGGAGCAGCAGCUGACUGUGGCGAAAGAGGAGGGUGCUGAGCUGCGGGCCGAGUCUGAGAGGCUGCGCCAGGAGGCACAGCAAGCAGUGAGGGAAGCAAAGGAGGCGAACCUAAAGAACAAGGCUCUCUCUGCACAGGUGGAGUUUGCUGACCAACAGCUGAGGGAGCUCAACAAGUCACACUUACCUGUUGGCACAAGAAGAUCCCGUAGCAACGUAGGCAGAGCCGCCACACAGGCUGGAGACAGUGAAGCAGACUUCAGCCAAGACAGCAUCGAGCUGAGUGACCUGGAGGAGCAGGCUGCAGCAUGGAACAAUACAAGAGCCAGGAGGGGCAGGACAGGUUACAAGACCUCUGAUGUCACUCCCGAAGGAAAUCAAUCACUUGCGACACAGAAACUGCGUGGGAAGCUGGACUCACUGGAGUCGCUGUAUUUCACUCCACUGCCGGACCGCGGCCAGUCCAAGAUGGACACCAGCCUCAGCUCACUAGGGGAUCUCAGUCUGGACUCAGCUAAGAAAACCCGAUCCGGCCGGAGACGCACCACGCAGGUCAUCAACAUCCUCAUGACAAAGAAGCAGACAGUAGAUUACGAGGAACCCAGCACGAGUGCUUCGACCCUCAGCAUCCAGCCCUCUGCUUCCCAGACCGAUGUCUCAGGGCAGCUUUCCCGCAGCCGCUGGAGGAACCGGGCCUCUUCCACCACCUCACUAGCAACUGUCAACCGGUCCGAGUCCCAAGACCCGCUGGACGCAAGCAGCAGUUCAGAGGAUGUGGGUACUGCUGCUUUGAAGAACCUCCCGGGAUUCCGGCCCACUACUCGAAGGUCCUCCAGGCUGUCCAUGUUUGGCACUGCUGCAUCAAGUUCGAAUGCAUUGUACCCGGGAAGCUGCCAGGAUGAGCCCGACCAGAUGGAUGACUGGAAUCGGAUCGCUGAGCUGCAACGUCGGAAUGGAGUCUGUCCUCCGCACCUGAAGACCUCCUACCCUGUGGAGUCCCGUACUGCCAUCACUGAAUCUGUGAUCACCGAGGACGAACUGAAGCUCGGAGACCCCAACGAGACUCUCCGCCGGGCCACCCUGCUGCCCAAGGAGAUCAGUGCUCUCCGCCUAAGGAACCUGGCCGCAGACUCCCUCGACCCCAACUGGAAGGGAGUCACCACCCGGCAACGCAAACGACUCUCCGAGGAGUCACACCAGGGAUCGGGCACCCCUGAGGCCAAGAAACAACUGAGCUGCUUUCCACGCCCCUCAAGCCCGAAGGAAAAGGACAAGCAAGACCAGUCUCAAUACGAAAGCCGAUCCAAACGCCCAGCUCAGAAUAAGGGCCGCAGUCAGGAUGACAGGCGGAAAACCAUCUCCUACACCGUGUUCAACACGCCUCGAAAGCUGAGCAGCACCCUGCUGCGUGGCAUCAGUAAGAGGGCCACCCCCAGGAAAACACCCAAGAAAACCCAAAAGAAGUCACCCAGGAAGUCCCCCAGAUCAAAUUCGAAAAAGGAUGCUGGAAAACGCAAAUACUCCAGGAACAAGAUGUAAGCCCAGCGUCAGAGAAGACCCCGGUGAUAUUUAUGCUGAGACCUACCACGCCCACAUAACAAUCGGUCAACGCGCUGGCUCACUCUACUUUUUACAAACAAUUUGCCUUAAGCGCGAGUAACUAGUUGGACCGAACACCACUGGGUGUAGGAUGUUGUAGCUCCUGCCCCUUCUGACUGUUACUCUUGCUGGUUAUUUGCAUUAGAAUCACGGCUCAAACUCACUAUCAAAUAUUUUUUUGCAUCCUCUUCUCACGAGUCUCGGCUGUUGUAUAUUUUCUAGUUGAUGCUUUUGAAGCUAAUUUCUCUGAUUGGGAAUGGCCAUUUGAUGGCUGAAGAAACUGCGUGUGUACAGGGCACCACAGAGCCCACAGCCUUCGUAGGUGGGUGUCUCGGUUGGGGAGGGGGACAGAGGUGACAUGGCCUUGGCUGGUUCCUAUCUUCCCCACCCCUUUCAGUGACGUGGAACCCUAGUGCACCCCCCCACCUCCGCCCAUCCUCCAUCCCUAGUUGACACUUGGCUGAGCCAUGGUUGGUUAGAUUGUGACUGUUUAGAAGUGGGAAGCUGCCUCACAGUGGGAGAUGUCUCUGUCCAUUACCCCUCACCUCUUCAUGUUUCAUAUUUGCUCUGACCUCAUGCUAAAUUAGCCAGUGUCUGUAGCAAAGAGAUGCUUUGUUGGCUUGCUCACGUUAAGCCCCUGCCCUGACCACAUUAGUGCUGUUCUGCCCCUUCAGAAGAACAGGGUUCUCCCAUGAUUCAAUAUCCUAUAGCACAAAUUUGCCUUUUGGUGUGUGUGGCUGUGAUGAUCCCCCAGCGUCUGGCCAUGGCCCACAACCCCACAUCUCCCGUCACUUGCAGAUUCAUGUUCUGAGCAGUUGCAGCAGCUCCAUUUCUGUGUGUGUGUGUCUCCCCCUCCCUUUUCCCUCUGCUCUCCCCUCCCCCUCCUCCCCUUCCUUUCCCCUACCGCUCUCCUCUACCUUUCCCCUACCCCUCUUCCUUUUCCCUUCCUCUCCCUUUGUAUGACACUCUUAACUUUGUAGCAUCUACUGCACAAAUUGUGCCCCUUGUUGUCCACCCUCGUCUGCUUUCUGACCCAGUAACAGAACACCUGCUCCAGACACCCGUCCCCAUCAAGCAUGGCUCAGACCGUGUGCACACCCUGUCCUCCAGAGGCUGACACAGCCUAGCAUAGCGGCUCCCCACUUCAGCACCAGUGCUGGUACUCACUUCCCUGAGCUGGGCAGGAGAGGGAAGAGAAGAGACAACAAUGAGCGAGGAAGAUCUGUCUGCCGGACCUGUGUUGGAUUGACCUCGAAGUCCAGUUAGUUUCAUAAUCACUAAUCAUCCACUGGUUAUUCAUCCAUGACAAGAUUUUCACAGGGAUUAAAUUCAUUGGUUUUUCGAAAGGUGACCAUCGCUAUUCGGAUAUUGUGUUCUGAGGUUACCCAACACCGUCUGCCCGGGUUACAAGUACCUCCACUUCGUGCAGGCUUUGGUUCCUGUCUCACAGCCGUGAUAUGUAUAUGUAGUCUUUUUAUUAAUCUGUGAUGGUGCGUAUAUUAUGAUAAGCCUGUUUUAUGCUCUCGUCGGUAAUAUGAAGGUGAAGAUUGGAGUUUAAAGUCAAAUGGCUGGUCUUGGUCUGGCCUGUGCCAGCAAGGUUGUGACAGAGCCCGAGUGGCCAAGAAUCCAGUCAGUUUUAUUUUACGUUGCCUUUUGCAAAUCUGCAAAACGUGGUGCUCCUUUCUGAAAUGAAAUGAAAUGUACAUGUUCCUGUCCUGCCUGUGAAGAAGUUGUGUGUGUGUGAGUGAGAGAGAAAGUGUGUGUGAAAGAGGGACGUGUGUGUGUGUGUGUGUGUGUGUGUGAGAGGGAGAAUGGUGUGUGAGAGACGGGAAGUGUGUGUGUGUGAGAGGGAAAAUGGCAUAUGAGGGAGUGACUGGGUGUGUUUGUGAGAGAGAGGGAGUGACAGUGUGUGUGUGUUUGUGAAAGAGAGUGACUGUGUGUUUCUCCACAUUGGAGUACGGAUGAUUUUGUCAUGUGUGAUGUGUGUUUACAUGAUGCUCAGCAGCUGGACGGGAGGGAGAGGGGGUAUUCUGCAGUUGCUUGUUCAGAGUCUGACCCAGAUCUGCAGUAAACUGCUUCUCCGCUGGGUUCAGUCACGGUAACUUUGCCAAGGCAGUAAAAAAAAGCUCAAAUUAACUCUGUCCAAAUCUUGCAAAUGACCACCAGUAAACAUUAAGAGUUUUCCGUAUGGUUGGGAAGGGAAAGCAAGGUAGGGGCGGGGUGAAUGGAGGGAAGCCAUGCCCAGCCAUUUGACAUCUUUCCUCUCAGCUCUGGUGUUCACGUUGUUCACUGGUGCCCUCUCAAACCCCGAACACAGCCAGAAGCACCAGCACAUGACCCCACCAAGUUCUGCUGACUGGGCAACCCCCCCCAUCAGCAGCAGGUGGGAAGCGACACUGGGGAUUUGGCUUCAGGGACUCCAGUGAGUCUGAUAGCUGGCUCCAGAACUGUCAGGAAUAAUGUACUGUUUUCUGACUGAAGCAGGCUUUUAAAAACUAUUAGUUUCUUUUUAUACGAAAUGUCUGGACUGUUUCUCUGUCUCUAAUGCAGCCCUUCUGAGUACACAGUAAUCUUUAAUAUUUUCUCAACUUAAUAAAAUAUGGAUCAGUUUCCUUUA